UGUGUGUGUGUGUGUGUGUAAUUUAGUAUUAAACACAGGCCAUACCUGUGUAUCAUUUGUAAAUAAUGUGUGACCUUAUAGUUUGCUACACAUGAUCAAAUGCAUCUUCAUUUUAUGUAAGGGCUGUGUUCGUUCGCCUCUCAGGGCAACCUGAGGCAUGCCCGAGAUAAAGGUCCGUAGUAAUGAAUGGCGUCAACGAGCCACAGUGCGACGGGGAAAGGGAAGGCCUUGUGUCGGGAGCUGCUCGCUCCUCUAGCACAGCGAGCGUGAUGUCAGCGGCGGCAGUGCUGUUGUAGUUGACUCGGUGCGGGCCGAUGGCGUCAUUUCGUGCCCUGGUGUAGCCUCCUGCUCCGGUAGCGAAAGGGGGGAGACGGAUCUUUGGCCGACGCGACCGUGGCUCCCUUGGCCGGGAUCGAGCACCGCCGAGCCGGACACCUCACCGCGGGAAACAUGGAGGCUGCGGCCGAGGAGCUGCGGGCCGGCUCUCGGGUGCCUGUCACCAUCGAUCAGAUACUCAACGAUACACUGGUCGUGACGCUGACGUAUAGGGAGCGGAGCUACACGGGGAUAUUGCUCGACUGCAACAAAAAGACUGGGCUCUUCUGUCUACCAGAUUUCACAGCAAAACCCGAGGACUUCCCAAUAUCGAAACCGGGUUGUGAUAUCCCAGAAGUUCUGAGUGAGGAGCUGGUUCCUAAUUCUCCCAGCCAGACUUCAGACAGAUCAAAGGAUGAAAACACUCUCCUUGAAAGCAGCGUACCUACUGCACCUCUUCCCUGCCCCAUACCCACAUCAGUGCCAGCUGGACAGACUCCUUACCCUCCUUAUUUUGAAGGAGCCCCCUUCCCUCAGCCUUUGUGGGUGCGCCACAGCUACAGCCAAUGGGUACCUCAACCCCCUCCGCGACCAAUCAAGAGGAAGAAGAGGCGGACGCGAGAGCCUGGCCGCAUGACCAUGAGCACUAUCCGUCUGCGGCCGCGGCAGGUACUAUGUGAAAAGUGUAAAAACACACUAAAUAGUGAUGAAGACAGCAAAGAUGGCAUGAGCAACACCAAGACAUCUAGAAAAGAGAAUGCACUACAGAGCGACGACGAUGGUGAUGACAAAGAUAUUCCUUCCAAGCUGUCAAGAAAAGAGGAUGUAGUUGCAACGAAGGACACUAAACGACGGGAAAAUGGCACCAGCCUUGACAGCAAGCGCCUUAGGAAGGACAAAAGGGGGGAAGCUGACGGGGAGAAGUUCCCCCCAGGUGAGGUGAUCAUCCCCCACAGUCCUGUCAUAAAGAUCUCCUACAGCACUCCACAGGGCAAGGGGGAGGUAAUAAAGAUCCCCUCGCGAGUCCACGGUUCAGUCAAACCGUUUUGCCCCAAGCAGCUGGUGCAGAACGGUGUGGGUGAGAAUGGCAAGGCGCUUUCCGAUCCCACCAAGGAACAACGGCACAUUCUAGAUGCCACAAGGUCUGGCCUCACUGUGUCCAUCCCCAAACUCAAACUUACCAGACCUUUCACAACUGUGGGUCAGGACUUGCCUUCUCCAAAGAUCCGCUUGAGACCCCCUCAGAGAGAGGGUGAGGAGAGUAUGGUCGAGUAUGAGGCAGAACUUGUAGAAGGAACUAGGAGACGAAGCCCCAGGGUUCCUGGUCCAUGCCUCCCCCACUCUGAAGACUCGGGGGAAGGCAAGAACUCCCUGGAGUUGUGGUCAGGGAGUUCUGGAGAGGAGGCCGAGCGGGGCCACAGUGACCUUACCCUUCUCAUCAAUUUCCGCAAGCGUAAAGCGGAUUCUUCAAGUCUGUCAGUCUGUAGCAGCGACAGUCUUGAUGAGUCCAAGUCCUUCAGCUCUGACGGCACCUCACCAGAGCUGUGCGAUCUGGCACCUGGCGAAGACCUCUCCGUAACCUCGUCGUCUGUUCCUUCGCGGGAGGACUGCAAGACAGUCCCACCGCUUACGGUGCGGCUGCACACGCGCAGCAUGACCAAGUGUGUAACGGAGGAGGGUCACGCUGUGGCGGUGGGCGAUAUUGUGUGGGGGAAGAUCCACGGCUUCCCCUGGUGGCCGGCGCGCGUCCUCAGCAUUAGCGGGAUCCGCAAACAGGAGACGGCCAGCUGCGAGGAGCAGUGGCCCCAGGCGAAGGUGUCGUGGUUCGGGUCACCCACCACCUCCCAGCUCUCUGUUGCAAAACUGUCGCCCUUCAGAGAGCUCUUCAGGUCCCGCUUCAACCGCAAGAAGAAAGGGAUGUACCGGAGAGCCAUCCUGGAGGCGGCCAAGGCUGUGGGUCACAUGAGCCCGGAGAUUACAUCACUGCUUUCCCACUGCGAAACAGGCUGAGGACUGAAGAGAGGUCUUCAAGGUUUUUCUGAAUUCUCAGACUCUGUCAUCAAGACCCAGGAGGGAGUACGUGCGGUUGCCACGGCUACUAUUUAUAUGCUGUUGGUUUUCUUUUUCUUUUUUUUUCCCCCCAACAAGGCUUGUGGAAAAUGGCCGCCAAGGUGGAGCGUCGUUGAGACUGGAUAAGGGAGCAAAGAAAAAAAGGCCAGGCAUCGCAUGGUCUACCAUGAACUAAACUAUUCCUUUUAUCAUUUUUUGUAGAUUUAAUCAUAUUUCAAUAGAGCUGGAUAACAACACUACAAGGACCCGAAUGUAUUUAUUAUCUGUAGUCGUUUAUUAUGAUCCAUCAAGUACACCUUUGUACUACAGUCUCGCAAAAACCUGCCGGUCUGCUGCUGUUACUUUCACGGUUCUCGCCACCGACGAGUCGCGGGGUCCAACUCGUCCAGCCAGAGGAGGUCGGUGGCAUCUUCAAAGAACCCACUCCCUGGACCAUGACACACUUUACCAUGAUUUAAAAAGUCUUACCCCGAAUCCUCUUUACUUCUCAAACUGUGAACGGCUCCAUCCAGAGACGGUAGCGACUGUUCCAGCUCUUCUAGAGAUCACAGUGUUCCAUCCUCGUAGCCUACAUUUGUGGACGUAUUUAUACUGAACUUUAUUCCUCUCCCGAAUCAUGUUGUGUGUCUCUCUUCCAUUUCAUUUUUUAACUUCAGGAGUGUCACGUACUUACCCCACCAACUCCCAUCCUGCCCGACAACCAUUUUUACAUCACUUUAAUUAUUUAAAGCAUCAUGUUUAAGGACAAAAAAAGCACUUUAUCUGUACCUUGGUGGCCUGCUGUAAGCUCACUGUCUGAAACACUAUUGCGAGAUACAGCCCUGAUGAGCAGCAGGGGGAGUUCAGAAGUCUUUGUGGUUGACUAUCCAUGGCCUUGGAGAUACAAAAAAAAAUCUUUUCUUCUUUUUUUUAGUUCUAUUGUACGAUUUUGGGGGACACCAGACACAGACGGUUGUGUACACUGUAUUCUCGCAUUUGACGUUGGGUGUGUUUCUCUCUCGGCUCAUCUACCACAUAAAACACACUACAAAAAUCCACGUUUAACAUUUCCACUGGAGAAACCAUGGGUGAACAAAAUGUGUCAAAAGCCCCCUAUGCAUUAUCAGUUAAAGCUUUAUGAGUGACUUUGAGAGAAGAAUAAAAAAAAGAAAAGAAAUGAACAUGCUGUAAGAAUACUGUGAAUUCAACUGCUGAGUGUGCUGAAGAAAGAUUGGCUACUAGUUGUGGCCUGCAGUUUUUAUUGAGUCAUCCAGCAAAAGCAGACUGCAGUGCUGACCUUUAGUGACCUUUUUGUGUUGAAAGCAGCACUAUUGGAAUAGGGGGAGGGAGGCAGCGAAUGGCAAGAGUGGAGUGCAGCCCCGGUCUGUAUUAAGAAAAGUUAACCGAAGAUUGCACACAGUCACGCUCAGCCAACCAGCCCGUCUCCUCUCUGCCUGUCUGGGAACUGUUUGUUCAGAUGGAGGCUGAAAACAGGCCCACUGAUUGUCGACGGGAGAUGUGUGCUUAUUAGAAGAGCAGACAUUGCACUCCUCCCGUUUUGAUAAUCUGCGAAUCUGACCGUUUGCUAUCGAAGCCCUGCUAGAUUCAAGGCAGCCUUACAAAAUGACGAGUGGGAGAGGCGACUUCUCUGUGUGCCCGAGUGGGGAAACGGUCGUCAGGAUUCCCCCCCCCCCCCCCCCCCGUGUAAUGCGCAACAUGGCUAUGUACUGUUGCCCACGUUGGUCAAUGUUAUUGGCUAUUUUUUUGUUUUCCCUUUUUUU